AACAAAGAUGCAAUAUAUGCGCUCGGGCUAUACAGGCGGCUAAGCACUAUUCUCGGUAUCUGGCCAUCUGAGAAUCGUAUUUCUUCAAACAUACGAAUCGGAACACUUAUCAUAUUACAGUUAACUACUGUCAGCAUUUUUAUUGAACGAAUUAUAGUAUCUGGUAAUUGUGGAACUAUUCAAGAAAUCGUUGACACAAUAGUUAUCAGCAUAUCUUCAACACAAAUUAGUUUAAAAUGUUUACUGAUUUGCUGCCAACAUCGAAAAUUCAAGCGAAUCAUCAGUUCUGCUCUUGAAGAUUGGUCGAGUAUUAUUGAUCAACAGUCUAGAAAAAUCAUGUUAAAGUUUGGUCAUGUCGGACGGGUUUUAUUUACUUGUCAAGUCAUAACUGGAGUAGCGACGUCAAGUUCUCUAAUAAUAAAUGAACUUCCUAAACUCGUAGAAUUACCAGAUGAGAAUAAUAGCAGUAUAACAUUAUUGAGAACUAUUCCGUUAGCACCAAGCUGCUGGGUUUCAACAACAAUGUCGUCAUAUCUUUAUUACACAUAUUGGACUUCUGUUGCACUUUAUAUAUUUUACGUAGGUAUGGCAACAGUUUCUUGCAAUCUGUUUGUUUAUGGACUUGGACUUCAUGUUUUUGUGCAAUUCGAACUAUUGUAUCUCAGUUUGGACACGGUUUUUGAAAAUCACAGCCAUUUUCAACAAAAGAAAAUCUUCAAGAAAUUUGUUCAACGACAUGAUGAAAUCCUUGAAAUCGCGAAUGAUCUGGAAGAUGCUUCAACUGGUGUUAUUUUAUCAGAAGUUGCUGCGAUUAUUGUAGUUGGUUGUGUCUCCGGUGUUAUGCUUCUUUUAGCUCAGCAUAAAGGCGAUAGUGAAAUUGUUUCCGCAAUGGCCGUGAGGCUGGUACUUGUUUUCAUUCAGCUUUAUAUUUACUCAUAUAUGGGUGAAAAAUUAUCGACUCAAGCUGACAAAAUUCAAGAUGCAAUUUAUAAUUGUCCGUGGUAUACAUUUUCACCACUGGUCGCAAGAGAUCUAAAAUUCAUCAUGGUUCGGAGCAAUUAUCCUUUUUAUAUAACAGCUGGAAAAUUUUUACCGAUGAAUCUGAUGAGUUUUAAAGCAGUUGUGAAAUCGAUGUUUUCUUUUUUCUCAGUCCUGAGACUUAUGCUGCAAAAUUAAAUACUGUUCAUUCAUUGUAGUAGACACUGAUAAAAAUAAACUUGG